UCGCCUGCGCUUUGAUGAAAUAUAAACGGAACCGGAAGCUCGUGAACCGGAGGACUCUUGGCCGACGUCGGAAAGGGCGCUAUCGAACAUACGCUAAACAACGGGCUAAUUCUGCUUUGUAGUUUGUUUUUAAUCUGUAAACGGUCCCGCGUUAUAGUCACCUGUAACCAGCCAAACAUGCCUGGCAUGCUGUUUUCAAUCACUGAUACGGGUUUGACGUUGCUGCAAAUGGUAAUAUGUUGACGCCGGAUAGCUGAACAGGCUAUCUUUACUGCACUCAAACGAAACGGGUACCUAAACUAGAUGCUCGGUGGUUCACUUACGUAGCUGCCACAGUACCGGGCGGCCAUGGCGCACAUCACCAUAAACCAGUACCUUCAGCAGGUGUAUGAGGCCAUCGACAACCGCGAGGGCUCCUUCUGUGCAGAACUGCUUUCUUUUAAACACCCACAUGUUGCCAACCCGCGUUUACAGCUGGCCAGUCCUGAAGAGAAAUGCCAGCAGGUUCUGGAGCCGCCCUAUGAUGAGAUGGUUGCAGCCCACCUCAGGUGUACCUACGCAGUGGCCAACCAUGACUUCAUAGAGGCGUACAAGUACCAGACCCUUGUAGUCCAAUCAUUCUUGAAGGCUUUCCAGUCUCAUAAAGAAGAGAACUGGGCGCUCCCAAUGAUGUUUGCUGUCACGCUGGACCUCAGGAUAUUUGCCAAUAGUGCUGAACAGCAGCAGCAGAAGAAGAUAAAAAGUCAGCCCGGCCAGCCAGGAGAUAUGCUGGAAAAAGCAGCUGAACAACUGAUGAGCUGCUUCAGAGUGUGUGCCAGUGACAAUCGAGCUGGUAUUGAUGACUCAAAGAAGUGGGGGAUGUUGUUUCUAAUCAAUCAGCUUUUUAAAAUCUACUUCAAGAUUAAUAAGCUCCACCUGUGUAAACCUCUGAUCAGAGCCAUAGACAGCUCCAACCUGAAGAAUGACUACAGCAUGGCCCAGAGAGUCACUUAUAAGUACUACGUUGGACGUAAGGCCAUGUUCGACAGCGACUUCAAACCAGCGGAGGAGUACUUGUCGUUCUCUUUCCAACAUUGUCAUCGUUCCAGCCAGAAGAACAAAAGAAUGAUUCUCAUCUACCUGCUGCCUGUCAAGAUGCUGCUGGGUCACAUGCCAACACACCAGCUCCUCAGGAAGUAUGACCUCAUGCAGUUUGCUGAUGUCACCAAGGGCGUCAGAGAGGGAAACCUUCUCCUACUAAAUGAGGCUUUGGUGAAACAUGAGACCUUUUUCAUCCGCUGUGGAAUCUUCCUCAUCCUAGAGAAACUCAAGAUAAUCACGUACCGCAACCUCUUCAAGAAAGUGUACCAGUUGAUGAAAACUCACCAGCUUCCUCUGGACGCCUUCCUGGUGGCUCUGAAGAUGAUGCAGGUAGAGGACGUGGACUUGGACGAGGUGCAGUGUAUCCUGGCCAACCUGAUCUAUAUGGGUCACAUUAAAGGUUACAUCUCUCACCAACACCAGAAGCUAGUUGUCAGCAAGCAGAACCCUUUCCCCUCGCUUUCCUCUGUCUCCUAGACUUCAUUACCCACAAUCCCAUGCACCUGCAGAGCUUUUUUUUUAACGUGUUUUUGUACUGUAAAAAAGAUGAAUAAAAAGACGAUUUGUACA